AUGACCACCCCGGCACUUUUACCGCUCUCUGGACGGCGUAUACCCACACUAUCACCGGGCGCUGCCUCCUUCCCGCACCAUCGUGCCACCUUGAGGCUGUCUGAGAAGUUCAUUCUGCUGCUUAUUCUCAGUGCCUUCAUCACCCUGUGCUUCGGCGCCUUCUUCUUCUUGCCUGACAACUCCAAGCACAAGCGCUUUGACCUGGGCUUGGAGGACGUGCUCAUCCCCCACAUUGACUCACCCAAAGAGGGCAAGCACGCUUUGGGACAAGUGAUCAUACAUGGUCAAGGGGGACAUGAUGAACACAGACACAGGGAGGACGAGGAAAGCCUCCGCAACAAGAUUCGUGCCGACCACGAGCGGGCCCUGCAGGAGGCCAAGGAAAAGCUGCGAAAGUCACGUGAGGAGCUGCAGGCCGAGAUCCAGACGGAGAAGAGCAAGAUUGUGGAGGACCUAAAGAAAAAGGAUGCUGGACCAAAGCCCUUGCCACCUGUGCCCAUGCCUAAGGUUGUGGGUGUUGGGGACGGUGAACCUAUUGAGCCUGAUGUCAAAGACCAACGAAACAAGAUUCGAGAGAUGAUGAAGCAUGCAUGGGACAGCUACCGACAAUAUGGCUGGGGUCACAAUGAGCUCAAGCCCCUCGCCAAGAAAGGACAUUCUACAAAUAUCUUUGGAAAUUCUCAGCUUGGAGCAUCCAUUGUGGAUGCCUUGGAUACACUGUACAUUAUGGGCCUUCAUGAGGAGUUUAAAGAUGGGCAGGAGUGGAUUGAGCAGAAUCUAGAUUUCAGUGUGAACGCCGAGGUGUCUGUGUUUGAGGUCAACAUCCGUUUUAUUGGAGGCCUCCUAGCAGCAUACUACCUCUCGGGUCAAGAGAUGUUCAAGUUAAAGGCAGUGCAGCUUGCAGAAAAGCUGCUCCCGGCCUUCAACACACCCACAGGCAUCCCGUGGGCAAUGGUCAAUCUUAAGAGUGGUGUUGGUCGUAAUUGGGGUUGGGCAUCGGCAGGCAGCAGCAUCCUGGCGGAGUUCGGAACCCUGCACAUGGAGUUUGUUCACCUAACUUACCUGACUGGAAAUCCUGUCUACUAUCACAAGGUAAUGCACAUCAGAAAGCUCCUAGCCAAAAUGGAUCGACCGAACGGGCUUUAUCCAAACUACCUGAACCCUCGUACAGGUCGCUGGGGCCAACAUCACACUUCGGUUGGCGGGCUUGGGGACAGCUUUUAUGAGUACUUGUUGAAGGCAUGGCUAAUGUCAGACAGAACUGACAUGGAAGCUCGCAAGACAUACGAUGAUGCCAUUGAGGCCAUCGAGCGUCACCUGAUACGCAAGUCCAACGGUGGUCUGACUUUUAUUGGUGAAUGGAAAAACGGCCACCUAGAGAGAAAGAUGGGCCAUCUGGCGUGCUUUGCCGGCGGCAUGUUCGCACUGGGUGCAGAUGGCUCGCCCGAUGACAAAGCGGGACACUGGCUGCAGCUGGGCGCUGAGAUUGCGCACACCUGCCACGAGUCUUACGAUAGGACAGUGGUGAAGCUGGGCCCUGAAGCAUUCAAGUUCGAUAGCGGCCUGGAGGCGGUGGCCGUGCGGCAGAAUGAAAAGUACUACAUCCUGCGGCCCGAGGUCAUCGAGACCUACUGGUACAUGUGGCGGUUCACCCAUGACCCCAAGUACCGUCAGUGGGGCUGGGAAGCAGCACAGGCAAUUGACAAGUACUGCAGGGUGAGUGGCGGCUUCUCAGGCAUAAAGGACGUGUACUCAUCUAACCCGACCUAUGACGACGUGCAGCAGAGCUUCUUUCUGGCAGAAACGCUCAAGUAUUUGUACUUGCUGUUCUCCAGCGACGACUUGAUGCCAUUAGAAAAUUGGGUUUUCAACACAGAAGCCCACCCGCUUCCUGUGCUCCACUUGGGCAACAUCACCCUGCCGGGCAGUGAGCCAGCAAAGCAGUGA